UUUUGCUGGCUUGGCUUGACGUCAGCGCGGCUUUCUCGAGUUGCUGCUGCUGUUGCUGCUGCUGCUGCCGCGGUGGCUUGGGAGUUGAUCGGUUGGGCUGAGGCAGAACAACGCCGUUGCCGCAUCAGUAGCCGCUUUUGUCCUCUUGGGCUGCUGCUAUUGCUGCUGCUGCUGCUGCUUGGUCCGAAAGGCGCUGUUUCUGACACGCCGCUGCACCACAGCCCUGGUGCAUUUAGCUAACGGCAGAAGACUGAGGAGCGGGAGUCGAAUUCUCCUCAGAGGGUGCGCUCCGGAGGCGAGACGCUAACCAGAGGGCAUUUUCUUGGGAGGAGAGCCCGAGGCGGGGGAAUGUCAAGAAGUAAGGGAAUCACUCUUGAGGAGAAAACGUAAGAAAGGCGCCUGGAGAAAGAAGGGGGAAUUCGAGACCUCUAAGUAGUAGGUCAGGGAGUAAACGGGGUGCUCCCAUCCCUUGAGUGCUCAAUGAAACGGGAUCUCCCUUGAGGGGAAGGUGUUAAUAAGGAGGCUCCUCGAAGACAGUCGACCAGCGUAAGGCGGGAAACCCGCUCGAGAGGAAAAAAAAACUGUGGGGAAGAAAAGACGGGAUAAGCGGAGGGGCGCUCGACAAACCCUUUUUAUGAGAAAGAAUUGCAUGAGGCGCAUAAAGAAAGAGGUUGUGGCUGUGAGAGAGGAGUUUCUCUGUGAUGUGAGAAUUGUGUCACAGUGUGCCUUUUUCGCGAUGGUGCACUGAGAAGAAGCCGCCCGGCCGGUCAAGCGCGGAGAGGAGAGCGCGCACGUGGCAAGGGAGGGAAGGUGAGUGGGUUGGGCGAGCCCGCCGCUGCUGCUGCCGCUGCUGCCGCUGCUGUGGUAGCCGCCGCGUCCGAAGGCACUUGCUGAGUGGUGCGCGUGGAGGUAGCGCCUGCUGCUGCUGUCCCGUCCCGCUGUGUGCGUAGCUGGGACCGAGGCUAGCUGAGUCAAAGUGGCCUCGGGUUGCCGCCAGCAGCUGCUGCUGCCGCAUCAGCCAUGGCCUUGAAGGACGGCGGCGGCCCCGGCGGCACUGCCACCAUCCUGCCCAUCAGCGACAUGGUGUCUUCCUGCUCUUCGCCGGCUGCGGCGGGGGGCUGCGCUUUUCCAGAGGUGGUGGAGCUGAACGUGGGCGGGCAGGUGUACGUGACCAAGCACUCGACGCUGCUGAGCGUGCCGGACAGCACCUUGGCACACAUGUUUUCGCCUGGCCGGAACGCCACGCGGGAGCUGCCCCGGGACAGCCGGGCGCGCUUUUUCAUCGACCGCGACGGCUUCCUCUUCAGGUACGUGCUGGAUUAUUUGCGGGACAAGCAGCUGGCUCUGCCCGAACACUUCCCGGAGAAAGAGCGCCUCCUGCGCGAGGCCGAGUACUUCCAGCUGGGCGAGCUGGUCAAGCUGCUCUCGCCCAAGGUCACCAAGCAGAGCUCGCUCAACGACGAGGGCUGCCAGAGCGACCUGGAGGACGGCAACUCGCCUGGCAGCGGCGAUCUCCUGCUGCCUCACCAGCGCGCCGGCGAAAAGCGCGCCGGCUUCAUCACCGUGGGUUACCGGGGCUCCUACACCACGGUGCGGGAUAACCAAACCGACGCCAAGUUCCGCCGCGUGGCCAGGAUCAUGGUGUGUGGCAGGAUCGCCUUGGCCAAGGAGAUCUUCGGUGAGACGCUCAACGAGAGCCGCGACCCGGACCGUCCGCCUGAGAAAUACACUUCCCGUUUCUACCUGAAGUUCACUUACCUGGAGCAGGCCUUCGACCGCCUCUCGGAAGCUGGUUUCCACAUGGUGGCUUGUAAUUCCACCGGCACCGCAGCCUUCAUCAACCAGUACAGGGAGGACAAGAUCUGGAGCAGCUAUACCGAAUACAUCUUCUACAGACCACCACAGAGGACAGUGUCUCCCAAACAAGAACAUGAAGACGGGAAGCAUGAAAAAGUUACAGACAAAGGAAGUGAGAGUGGAACUUCCUGUAAUGAGUUGUCCACUUCUAGUUGUGACAGCCACUCUGAAGCCAGCACUCCCCAAGAAAAUGCUGCUAGCACUCAGCAGUCCACAGGGCACCAGCCAAAUACUGUAACAUUGGAUCGGCCCUCUAAGAAGGCUCCAGUGCAGUGGAUGCCUCCACCAGACAAACGCAGAAACAGUGAACUUUUUCAAACUCUCAUUAGUAAGUCUAGAGAAACAAACCUGUCCAAAAGGAAGGUGUGUGAGAAACUUAGUGUUGAAGAAGAGAUGAAAAAAUGUAUUCAGGAUUUUAAAAAAAUCCAGAUUCCGGAUUAUUUUCCUGAACGGAAACGCCCAUGGCAAUCUGAACUGUUACAAAAAUAUGGACUAUAGUUUUUUCAAUAUUUCAUGACUUGUCAGUGGUGCAUUAGAUGUUUGUUAAGUUGGCAGUUUCUACUGAUGUACUUCU